GGAAGAAGUUGUAGGUUAAAUUGUUAAAUGUUAUUGUUGGUUUUUGUUUACGUAGAUCUAGUAAAACUUGGUUACAUAGUUCAUUUAUACGAUUGAUCAUCUUCUAUAUAUUUUGAGUGUUUUCAUCCAGGUACGGAUUCACUAUAUUCUUAUAUAAGCGUAGAACUUGAUCGUCCUACAUACAACCUGUUAAUGUGCUGAUGUAAUUCUCAAAAGUAAUCUUUAAUGUCAACUUGAAUCUUAGACCUGAUUGAUUUUUUAAGGAAAUGAGCUCAUCUAAUUUGGUUUAGCAUUGUAUUCACAACCGUUCCAUCUCUGCUAAGAUGAUUCUGUGGCUACCUUAUCCGCAGGCAUGACUGAUAAAGAAUGUCCAGGAAAUCUGAGAAGAGUGGAAGGGGUGUGCGUAGUGGUAAGGAAGAAGAAAAAGCCGGAUAUUGUCAGUGACAUGGGUUGUUUAAAAAAAACAUUAAAGAUAGUAAAAUCCCCUCCAAGUGAGAUAUUUGAGAAACCUAGUUUGGAAUUACCCGUUGUUACUAUGAAUGGCCAUAUUCCUCGCUCAAAUAUUAACAAGGCUAAACUUUAUAAUGGAUUUUUUUCUUCCAAACGGAGUAAUUAUGACAAAAGUGAUGUCAGUCAAGAUGAAGAUGAAGACGAUGAUGAUUUCUUUACUAAAGAAGAAUCGAGCGAUGAAGCAGAAAGCAAGCAAAAGUAUCAUUCAAGAAAACCUAAAAACUCCGUGGAGCCUCGGCGAAGCAGGGUUUCAAGGAAGCGGUUGUCAGUAGAAGAAAAACUUAUCGAAGACAACAAAUCCUAUUAUAGAGUCGAGGUCUUGAAUUCCAAAUUGAGAUCUUCUGAAUAUUUUGUGAACCAGAAGCAGUUAGAAUCGAGGGUCAAUGACGAAAUUCAAAAUGGCAGCUGCUCUGAUGAAGGGGACAGCAGGAGUGAAGUCAAACAACCUUCGUCAAAAAAAGUGGAGAAGAGUAAAGAGCCAGUAGUCGUCAGGUUCAAGAAAGUAAGAAAGUCACAAUUGUCUGUGUUAAGUGAUGAGGCCGAGAACUUCAUGUUUGGCGAUUCAGCUCGGAGAGAAGCUAAAAAAGUAGAAUACACGAGCAAUGAUGAAUCGAGUGAUAGUGCUGGUUCUGAAACGUCUAGUUCAGAAGAUGAAGAACUUCCUAAGAUAAAAAAAAUGGUACCAGAUAGUGACGAUGGAUCCCCUACUACCAGAGAUAUGGACUCUGAUUCUUUGUCAUCCCCACCUAUGCUGUCUUGUGAUCAUGAUUCUGUUUCUGAGUCUGAAGAAGAUGUUACGAAAGAUUGUGUUGAUUCCAAUUUUAGCUUAAAUAGUAUUACUUUCUCUUUUGAGAAUCCGCCAAAAAAUGAACCUUGGAUAGAAACUUAUAAAAGGAAAGAAGAUGGGAAAAAUGAAUAUCAUUAUCCUUAUCAUCAUAAUUAUCCUAAGGUGAUUCUUCCAUUAGAGUAUCCCGUGGCUGAGAGAUUGAAGUUGUUAUCUGGUAAAAGAGGUUAUGGUAGAAGAAGGGGUCGAAGGAAAUUAGAUGAUAAUAAAUCGCGGAAAAGUCCUCGAUGUCACGCUUCUACUUUGGCUGUAAUGUCAAAUUUUCUCAGAAGACCUUUGAGAGAAUGUUCGAAAUCUUCGGAUUUUUCUUAUGAAGAAGAGUCUCGGUCAUCGUUGCCCGAUACCAUGGAUACUUCAUCUUCUACUUCUGAUUAUCGUAUAAACUCAUUUAUGGGUAACCCUGAUUCAUUGCCUAUAGAUCCCAAUGGAGAUGUUUUCGCUGCCGCUUUAGCGAGGGUGGCUUAUGGUGAAACAUCUACCUUACAUGUGAGUCCAGGUCCUUGCUUGGCCGUCAAUCCUGCCUUAAUGGAUAACCCACCUGGCAUGGAUAUUUAUUUACAACCAGGUCUCACAGUUCCUCUAGAAGCGAUCAUUGAUAAACAUAAUUCCGACACUUCAUGGAUGGAGCAUAUGGAUUACUCUUCAGCAUGUCAUGAAUCAUCUACUGAGCUAGUAACCUCUUAUCAACCACAUAACAAUGAGAUAAAUGAUAAUACAUAUAUUAAAAAUGAACCUUAUAACUGGCCAGAAAUACCUCUUAGAAGGAGAAGAAAAAGAGUAAAAAAAGAAGAACCUCAUCGAGUAGUGCCACCGGUUCUUAUUAAAUGCGAACCAUGCGAGAUAAAAUUAGAACCAAUGUCUGCUAAGAUACUGCAACAUUUUGCAGUUAAUGAUGAACCAGUAUUGAUUAAGGAAGAAUCCAUAUCAGUUGGGAACGAGGGUCGAUUCCACUGCAUUAAAAAAAAUCAAGCACCCCCGAGCGGGCCUCCACCGCCAGUUGUCAAGCGGGGUCGUGGCCGGCCGCGGAAGUAUCCUUUGCCUACUGAAUGUCAAUCUCCCUCGGGAUUCAAUUCAUCACCGCAACCACCUCCUACUAAUGCUUAUAAUAAGAGCACAAUUCCAAGAUUUUCUUUUAUUCAAAGAUCUUUUAUCAACCAAAUUGUAUAGUACAAGUGAAUAGUUUAUUUUUAUAUUUUAGUUAAAGACCUCUCUCUUUUUAAUUUUUUUAUUCUAGUCAUUAAAAAAAAUGAAUGAAAAAAGUAUAGACA